GGCCGGCCACAAGACUCUCCUGAUCGAAGCCGGCGACGACUACAACAGCGUCAACUACACCGUCCCCGCCUACUCGGCCAAUGCGUCCGAGGACCCGGAGAUCUCCUGGAACUUCUUCGUGCAGCACUACGCCGAUGACGAGCGACAGGCCCGCGACUACAAGGCCACCUACGACACCCCUGAUGGCGAGUAUACGGGUCUCAACCCGCCUGCCGACGCGACACUCAAGGGAACCUUGUACCCGCGUACACAGGCUCUGGGAGGUUGCACAGCUCACAACGCACUGAUUGCUGUGUACCCUCACCAGUCCGACUUUGAGUACAUCGCAUCACUCACCGGCGAUGACUCGUGGUCAGCCGAGAACAUGCGCAAGUACUUUGUCAAGGCGGAGGAGAACCGAUACCUGGCCGCAGGAGCCGAGGGCCACGGUUACGAUGGCUGGCUGAGCACCGAGACGGCUCCUCUCAGCAUCCCUCUUGGUGACUCCCAGCUCUUCACAAUCCUGGGUGGAGCUACCGUCGCUCUGACCGAGGCUUCCGGCACCAACAUCACUCUGGAUGGCCUCAUUUCUGGUGACGCCAACGCCGACACCCUGACUCGUGACCAGGAGGCUGGCUACUACCAGAUCCCCUUGUCGUCUCGCGAAGCCAGCCGUAUCGGACCCCGUGAGCUCAUCCUCUCUGUCCGCGAUGCUACCUUCAGCAAUGGCACCAAGAAGUAUCCUCUCGAUGUCCGAACCAACUGCUACGUGUCAAAGGUGACCUUUGAUGAUUCCACACCGCCCCGUGCUACCGGCGUUGAGUUCCUCGACGGCAAGCAUCUGUACUCGGCCAGCCCAUUGUCUACUGGUGCCGCCGGCGAGCCUGGAAGCGCCACUGCAUCCCGCGAAGUCAUUGUUGCUGGCGGCGUUUACAACACUCCUCAGAUCCUCAAGCUCAGCGGCAUUGGCCCUGCUGAGGAGUUGGAGAAGUUCAACAUCUCCGUCAUUGUCGAUCUCCCCGGUGUUGGCACCAACCUCCAGGACCACUAUGAAAUCACCGUCCAAGGAAACACCCCUGAGAACUUCACGGCAUUUGAUGGCUGCACAUUCAGCCUCUACACCGACGAGGAUCCUUGCCUUGACCGCUGGAGAGCCCCUGUUGACGGCGACCACGGCAUCUACUCUUCUUCCGGCCUAGCUGCCGCCAUGUUCUACAAGAGCAGCGCUGCGGCUCAAGACAAUUUCGACAUCUUCGCUUUCGGCGGACCUGUCAACUUCCGAGGAUACUUCCCCGGGUAUGCUGUUAACGCGACCAUCAACCACGACUUCUUCUCCUGGGCCAUUCUCAAGGCCCACCCGCGUAACACUGCUGGUGAGGUCGUCCUUCGCUCGGCUGACCCUCUCGACAUGCCCAAGAUCACUUUCAACUAUUUCGACACUGGCAGCGGCGACUCAUCCCUUGAUCUCCAGGCCCUGUACGAGGCUGUCGAGCUUACCCGCAAUGCCUUUGCCAGCCAAACCGUCAACAUCACCGAGACCCUGCCCGGUGCCGAUGUGACUUCUCAGGCGGACAUCGAGACUUACAUCAAGAACACUGCCUGGGGCCACCACGCUUCGUCGACUUGCCCCAUUGGCACUGAUGACGACCCGAUGGCUGUUCUCGACUCCAACUUCCGCGUCCGUGGUGUCGAUGGCCUGCGCGUCGUUGAUGCGUCCGUGUAUCCUCGCAUUCCCGGUACCUUCACCGCUGUGUCUACCUACAUGGCCGCUGAGAAGGCUGCCGACGUCAUUCUGAGUGCGUUGGAGGAAUAGAGUGAGAGGAUGAGGGUUUUGUGGCCAAUAAUGAGGCCGGGGAGAGUUAGCUGUAAUGAGAGGCUGCGUUCAAU